AAGUGUUUUCCUGAGCACACUGUGGGCGUGGUCAUCAUCAACGGAAAUGUUUCACAUAGGUGUAACGUUAGCUUGAACGUCGUCUUCUUUGAUAGAGACUGUUGUUGGUUGGUUUUCGAGAUUUUUACUAACAUAAGACAAGAAAUAGGAGACGUAAUCGUUAGCAAGAGGUCACAAGUGCUAAUUUAAGUAUCGGUUGGCUCAAGUCGCGUCAUUUAAACCGACACUUAUAUCGUUUCCAAAAGGUUGUGGGUCAAGAAAGGGGAUGCUGCUGCAGUGGCUGUCUUGGAGCUCGACACAAUCGCUGAAAUUUAUGUUGCGUUUUUUCAAAAUAAGAAGCUUUGUCGUAAGGGAAAACGCCUGCCGAAUAUGUCAAUCUCGACCGAGUCAUUUUCAAAUCUAAUGAGUUUGCUUUGUACGACGUAUUUUAUUGUUGUCCCGCACCGCGCGUAGACACCAGAGCGUUUUUAGCUUGUUUUGUGUUGUUAGUUAGACAACAACUCCGCAAACCGAUCUGUCUGUGAGCCGAACGUAAUUUACUACUCUGUUCGCCCAGGUUUUUUGUUUGGAAAGUGGCAGUACAACAGUAAAGCUAUGAAGCUUUUAGAGAAUUCUCAUUUUGAGGCAUUGAGCUCCCAGCUGUGUGUCGAAACUGGAGACUCUCACAUCCUGGGCAGGAUCGAGAGCUACUCGUGCAAGAUGGCUGGUGAUGACAAGCACAUGUUUAAGCAGUUCUGUCAGGAGGGGGAGCCCCAUGUUCUGGAAGCGCUGUCACCCCCUCAGUCCAGCAGUGCUCCCAGCCCUAACCUAUUGGGGAAGAGUGGGGAGGACGGAGAGAACCCACUAAGUGAUAAGUGUUGCAGGAAGACCUUGUUCUACCUUAUCACGACCCUGAAUGAGUCGUUCCGGCCUGAUUAUGAUUUUAGUGCUGCCCGUGCCCAUGAGUUCAGCCGAGAGCCCAGCGUUAACUGGCAGGUGGUUGAGUCUGUUAACAGCAGCCUUUAUUCUGCUGUGGGGGAGCAGUUUAACUCUUUAGGCCCAGAACUAUGGAAUGCCAUUGAUCAAGAGAUAAACCUGCAGGGCUGUGACAUCUAUAGCUACAACCCAGACCUUGACUCUGACCCCUUCGGUGAGGAAGGCAGCCUGUGGUCCUUCAAUUACUUCUUUUACAACAAGAAGCUUAAACGCAUUGUAUUCUUCACUUGCCGCUCAGUCAGUGUUCUCAGUAGUUACGGUCGCAGUGGCCUUGACAAUGAGUUGGACAUGGAGCUGGAUGAUGAAGAGGAAGUGGACACCUUCAUGGAAGACAGGUUCCCCCGAGCUCUGUGCGUCUAAAGCUUUCUCAGGGAUGACCACCUGCGCUUCAGCCAAAGGGCCUCUCCUUUGCACACAAUUUCUUCUUUCUUUUUUGAGGGGGGAAAAACUGUCAACUUUAUUUUCUGGGGAUUUUUGUAAAUGUGUUUCGUUUUUACUUUGGUUCACUGUGGACUUAGGAGGGUUAAAUUUACAACUCCCAUUUGCCUCUAAAGAAGAUCUCGGACUGUGGCUGAGAAGAAAUCCAAGAGCUGCUUGGACAAGGUCUGACAUGGACUCAUUUAGGCAUUGGCUGAGACCAAUAAAAACCACUGGAAACCAGCUCAUCCUAGGAGUGAAUGAAAGUCACAUUCAUUUUAACAGUGGAGAUUUUUAACACACUUUGGAAUACAAAGACUGUAUGCCUUCUGGAUUUAUGCCCCUCUGUUUUAUUAGUUCUCCUAAUGUUAUCAUAAUUUGCUGUGUCUGUGUAAGGUUUGAAGCUUAUAUGAAAGGUACUUUUUAUUUUUAUUUUUUUUAAACAGGUACUUUGUUGCCCCUCUACAUGUUUCCUGGGAUUUGAAACAAUGAUCCUGGAGUUGGUAGCAUUAUGCUCUAACAAAUGAGCUCUUGACAUUUUAGACUUAUAUUUUUCCUGAAAUCUUUGUAAGUGUAAUGUAAUGUAAUUAUUUGAAAUUCAUCUAUUUUACUAUACUCUGCACUGAUUUUUAUUAUAAUUAUUAUUAAAUGUCUGCAGGUUUCACUUUUAUUUCUGCAAUUUCUUUGGCUUUCUGUAACAACCGUUGUUUUGGCAUAGCUGAACAGUAAACAUGCAAACCAAAUAUGGCCUUUUAAGCGGUCCAUGAAUCUGUCCAUUUUUCAUAACGAUGUGAAUUUUAUAAAUAACAGUCCUGACAUGGAAAGGAAAAUGUGAACGGAAUCUGUUGCUUGUUGUCAGAUAUGCAGAUAGCGUUAAAUGAAAAUGAUUGUGCAUCUGUAACAAUAAAAAUGCAGGUUCAAUCACCA